UCCCAGAGCACGCCGUUUCCCAUCCCCGUCACUCUCUCUUAUCUCACCAUCACCACUCAUCUCGUUCCCCAUCCCCUUCCCCUCCCCGUGUUAUCCACUCAGGAGCUCAUCGAUGCUGCCGCCGGCGCGCCGUGGCGCACGCAUUGCGACGGCGUGACUGAUACCUCCCGGAGCAACUGUGCGACCCCCGCCUCUCCCUAUGGCAUGGCUUCGCCAUCGUCAGCCUCCCACCCCAACCCCACUGCUCCGUGCUGUCCUUGCAAAGUCCAGGGGGCAGCGCUCUCGCUGACGAGCGCGCUGUCGGCGGCAUCCACGUGCGGCGCCCUCUGCCCCGCGUCCCCCGCUCCGCGCCUCCGGCUGCGCGGCGCCAGGUCGGUCGGCCUCUUCGGCUGGCAACGCGCGGUCGGCCUAUUCUACUGGCAACGCCCGGCGAGGCACGCGCGCCGUGGAGCGUGAGGACACCCUGCAGCAAGCCGUACUCGCCCGGAUGGGCGGAGAUCGAGCAGGAACGGAGGAAUUGAUUUUACCUUCUCACGGUCGGCUCCCCUCUCUCCCUCCGCGUCCUGCAUCGGCAACUCCGUUGGAUUGGUACCGUCGGUGAAGUUUGAUCUUCGAGCCAUAUAUUAUUGAUGGAGCACUCAGUGAAAAUAGUCCGUAUGGAGGAUUUGAACAUUCUGGCAUUCCAGAUGGCAUUCCUCAACUGGAAGAGUACCUAGCUGUGCACGACCUUGGCCUGCAGCAAAUUGGAAGUUGUACAUUGCCUUUUCACUAUUUCGAGGGGCAUCUAUCUAUGCAGGAGUAUACCACAGAUGGACUAUGGGUAAUGCUUCAGGCGGUGAGCAUACUAGAUUUGCCGGCAAGGCUGGCAAUGUUAUGGUUGAUUGUGCCUGGUAUUACAUUAAUAGAGAAAAUGUCCUGAGAGCACACCCUGCUACAGGUAUGCAUGUCUCGAAGGCUCCCCAACAAGGUUUCCAUGUAUCUCUCUAAAAAAACAAGGUUUCCAUGUAGAGCAGGAAGAUUCAAGUUUGACAAGUGGUCAAGGCAAAUUUGUUCCUAGCGAAAAGGUUAUGAAGCUACGGCAUAAAAUAAUGAAGUUCAUGAAAGAUCAUAUAUACCCGAAGGAAGAUGAGUUAUACAGACAUGCACAAUCAACCUCACGGUGGACAAUCCAUCCUGAAGAAGAAAAAUUGAAAGCAUUAGCAAAAGAGGAGGGAUUGUGGAACUUAUUUAUUCCGGUCAGGUUUUCAAUGAGCUAGUAGGCAUCCCGUUCUAUGUUGCUCUUGAGGUAUUGCACAAACGCUAUGGGCCAGAGUCCGAUGUGUGGUCAGCUGGAGUGAUACUCUAUGUAUUGCUAAGUGGGGUUCCACCAUUUUGGGCAGAAAGGCAUAUUUGAUGCACUUCUGAAGCGGCACCUUGAUUUGGAAUCAGACCCCUGGCCUAAGAUAUCUGACAGUGCAAAGGACCUUAUAAGAAAGAUGCUUUACAAUUUCCCUUCAGAGCGUUUGAAAGCCCAUGAAGUGCUACCGGAAUGGCUCCUAGCACCUCUUGAAGGAAUCAGAAGGCAGGACAACCUACAACUCUCAACCCAUCAUGAUGUUGCCAUGGACUUGAUAAAUAGUGUCACUGGGGUUGAUGAGGAAGGUUGCUCUCGCCAACGUAUUCUUACCUUCGCAGCCAAAAGAUAUAUUAGCGCCAUUGAAAGAAAUCCAGAAGACCCUGAUGCAUAUUAUAACUGGGCCCUAGUUCUCCAGGAAAGUGCAGAUAAUGUGGAUCCUAACUCUGAUUCUUCAAAAGAUUCAUUACUUGAGGAGGCUUGCAAGAAGUAUGCUGAAGCUACACGACUUUGCCCAACACAGUAUGACUCCAAACAUCACCGGAAGUCUACUGAUACACAAUGGUGGGUUUUGUUGGCUCUGUAUAGCGCAUCAGCACGACAGCAAUCCACUAUAAUUUUAUUCAAGCUAGCUAGGUUGCUAGACGAUGGGCGUGGAAAUAUAUUCUAUCUCUUAAAUUUGGAAGUCUUGACAAGUCAUAAGCUUGCUCUAUUAUAGCGGGGGCGUACCAAAGAGGCUGAAGAACUCUGGCAGCAGAUCAUAAGCUUGCUCGCAUUCUGUGAUGGUUCUAAUUUUACUAUGUGCUAGACCAAAGGGCAAAAGGUUUCAAAUUUUUCCAGUUGUGCUAUAUUCCUAAUUCGCAUCUAGUGAUCCAGUUUUUGAGUUUUUCACAUUGUCAAUAAAAAAAGGGGCCAUGCUAUUUCCUAAGUCCCUAGCCCAAAUUUAAGAUCUAAUAAUAUUCAUGUGUUUUACUCCUUUUCCUUUUUUCGCACAUAGAGAAUAUAUAUUAUUUGAAGCUGAUCAAUAUCCAGUUUUACUGAUUAGCCCAAACUUAAGAUCUAAUAAUAUUCAUAUGUUUUACUCCUUUUCCUUUUUUUCACAUAGAGAAUAUAUAUUAUUUGAAGCUGAUCAAUAUCCAGUUUUACUGAUUAGGUAAUCGUUAUUUCUAGAGAAGCUGAUUAGGUAAUCGUUAUUCCCGUGCGUUGAUGAGAUAACAAAAUAUACCUGCACAUCAUCUUCACUUUUCUGCAAAUAUAUUUGCAGGAAAGUGCAAAUAAUGUUGAUUCAUUUGUCUAGAUCUUAAGGCUUCCCGUGCGUUGAUUAGAUUUGCAAAUAAAGUGCAAAUAAUGUUGAAUAUAUUUGCAAUUAUAAUCUUCCCGUGCGUUGAUUAGAUCUUAAGUCUCAUCUCCGUGUGUUGAUUCAUUUGUCUAGAUCAAAUCUCCAAACUCAAAAUUAUGAAAAUCCCAUAAAAUCAACGCACGGGAAGUACACAAUAGUGGAACAACUCACGGGAGGACAAAUCCCAACAGGCUGUCCUGGGUGCGUUGAUUCAUCACCGAACUCAAAUCUAAAGAUUUAACCCUGUUAAUAUACCCUCUUUCCCUGAACUAUUUUGUCAGUUUAUACACAAUUUGUCAAUUUGUCAGUUUAUUUAUAAUAUUUGUUUGCUCUGCAUAGCGGGUUGAAUUGAACAAUUUGGUCUGUAGAAAAAUGAUAAAAAUCAUUCCCUUCCAAUCCAAGUUUAUGCUUGUUUUCCCUCUAUGUUCUUGCUAAUGGCCUUGAUUUUAACCGAACAGUCCAAACAUGACCAGAAGUCUACUGGUAAACAAUGUCUGGUUUUGUUUGCUUUAUAUAGGGGGUUUGAUUGAAUAUCUUGCUUAAGUACCUAAAUAUGGAUCCUUUUCAUGGAUCUUGCCAUCUUUAUUUGUCCUCCGUUUUGAACUAUUUUGAGAAACAUGAAGGGAAGCUCAAGCAAAUACAUCAUUACCUUUUAGUUUUAUUUUUGAGUUGUUGGAAUCAGCCUGGAAAACAUCUUCAGGCAGACGAUGGAGGCGAGGGAGGUAGCACCAGGCGCACCAGAGUGGGCAAGAUCUUCCCUCGUGCGGUGAACGGCGAGCAGGCGAUGGAGGCGAGGGCUCCUCUGGUGCGGUGGACGAGCAGGCGAGGAAGAACCAGGAGAUGGAGGCGAGGGAGGUAGCACCAUGCGUGCGUUAAGGUUCUCUCCUGGUGCGGCGAGCAGGCGACCAGGCGAUGGAGGCGAGGGCUCCUCUCGUGCGGUCGACGGCGAGCAGGCGAGGCAGCACCAGGCGUAGAGCAGGCGACCAGGCGAUGGAGGCGAGGGCUCCUCUCGUGCGGUCGACGGCGAGCAGGCGGCGAGCAGGCAAGGCAGCAGCAGGCGUAGAGCAGGCGACCAGGCGAUGGAGGUGAGGGAUCCUCUCGUGCGCUCGACGGCGAGCAGGCGAGCAGGCGAUGCAGCACCAGGCGUGGCGGAUGUGCGUGCGUGGGUCUUCCAACCGUCGUUCUGAUUCUGACUCUUUGUAUACGAGGUGGGGAGGUACAAGUUUUGACCUGGGUGAACCGGUUUGGUUUAAGGAGGGAUGAAAAAAAAUUGCUUGGUUUAA